CGUGCAUUUGGAGGGAUAGUUCACUUUCUUGUUGACUCUGUUACGAUGUGGUUUACUGGGAUUGUUUUGUUUGCUUCGACAGUCUGUGUUAAUUCGGAUAUAAUUCUAUCAGAAAGAGUUCCAGUAAAUGGUAAAGAUGUGGAGCCUGGUUAUACAGACGACAGAAUAGUGAAUGGUCAAAGUGCAAACAUUCAGGACCAUCCUUACCAAGUAUCGUUUAUUGUGAAUAAUUCUUAUUUCUGUGGAGGAUUUAUUGUGAGUGAAAAUUAUGUGAUGACUGCCGCACACUGUGCUCAAAAUGUGGAUCCAAAAACAGUUGUAAUGCGGGCCGGUAGUUCCUUCCGCAAAAAUGGUACUUUAAUUGAAAUAGCAGAAGUAAAAGCAUUUCCAGAAUAUGACAAUCCACCAUUUGACAAAGACAUUGCUUACAUGAGGACCGCUAAGCCAAUAGAGUUCACAGAUACAAUACAACCGAUUGCACUUCCUCCUAGAAACAGACCACUUGUCGCCAACUCUAACAUCGUUGUUAGCGGGUGGGGAAGGACAAUGCAAGGUGCAUCUUCAAUCCCAGAUAGGCUGAUGGAGGUUGAGAUGCCCGUAGUGAGCUUCUUGCAGUGCUUCCUAUCCUAUCCAACAGUGCUCACCAAGAAUAUGUUCUGCUCUGGCAACUUCUUCUUGGGAGGAAAAAGUACUUGCCAGGGUGACUCGGGUGGCGCAGCGAUACAGGACGGUAUGGCCGUGGGUAUCGUCUCCUUCGGUCGCGGGUGUGGACAGGCCCUAUCUCCUUCUGUCUUUGCCGAUAUUGCCUCACCAUUAUUAAGGGACUUCAUCACUGAAAACACGGGACUAUAAAAAUCCUGUUUAGAAUACAUAGCGUUUUUUGUAUAUCUGUUGUAUAAUUAUGGUAAAUGCAUUCCAAAACAACUAUACUAUUUAUAUUCUUAUUGUGUAAAAUUUAAAUAAAUGGCUUGUUGAUAAAAAAUAAUGUAGUAUCGAAACAAAUUUGCAUAGUUGUUUAUAAUUGCGGGCAUUACAAUAUAUUCUUAAUAGUUAUAUGUAAAAGUUUAAUGGAGUCAAAGGAUCAAUGGAUAACGAGCAAAAUCAUUUGAAUGCUAACAUUGUGAUAUAAAUGCGUAUAAAACUUCUAGGAAUUGCUAUUAAAGUACAAUAAGUUAUUAUUAUUUAUUGCACACUAAUGAAAUGUAUUGAUUAUCGUAUCGAUUGCAUCAGGAUGAUUGCUUAUAAUUAUAAGAAAUUAUUUAAAAUAAAAACCAUAUGCAAGAGU